AUGGCCUCGGCUGUGCCGGGGCAGAAGAAGCCGCGGCGCGACGUGUCUGGGACGAGCGCUGGCUCUAUUGACGAGGCAGCGUUUGCUGACUGCGACGAUGUCCCCAUCCGCCGCGUCGGCUCGGACACCACCACGUGUCUCGAUGUUGACGCGCUGCGGGCGGCGCAAGCCAAAAAGGCGAAGCAGGUCAUGGACACGCUAGACGUGAAGCAGGAGACUGCGAGGCUGCUCUUGCGGCGCACGCGGCCACCGUGGGACGUGACCAAAGUCUUUGAGGCCUGGUACGACGAGGGCGAUCUGGACCGCCUGCUCUCCAGUAAGCGGCAGCGUUGCGGCGCGUCGCUCGAGUGCCUCGUGUGCUGUUCGAGCAACGAGAACGAGGUAUACUUCACGCUCUCAUGCCAGCACGCCGUCUGUACCGAGUGCCUGGCCGGCUUCCUCCAGUCGGUGCUCCACCCUAGCGACGGUGUUGCGACCGACAGGCCGCCCUUCACCUGCGCGCAGCUGGGCGGCAAAGCGUGCGACGGCGGUGCGUGUGUGGGCGUGCUGGAGGAGGAGAUUGGGUUGCUGCCUCUCGACGAGGCGGACGCAGAGCUCCUCCGAGCCGCCGAUGCAGCCACCUCCUUGGACGCAGACGGAAACUACCGACGCUGCCCGAGCUGCCCAAAAUUCAACCGCCCGGCUGCCCCUGGCUGCGUGAAUCUCCGCUGCGAGUGCGGCACGCACUACUGUCUACUCUGUGGCAAGGACGCGCACUUCCCGCUGCCGUGCCUGCGCGUGGUCCAAUGGCAGGAUCAUUUCAUCGCACCGAUGGCCACUAUCAGCGAUGCUGCCGAGUCGGCAGGUCCGUGGCUGAACCUGCUGCGCUCGGUCUGCGACGGCAUGACACAUCGCUCGACGGGCAUGAGACAUCGCGCGACGAUCGCAGAGGCCGAGGCUGAGGCCGCGGGUGGUGACCGGCACGUCUGGGACAUGCUCUCCCAGUGCAACCUCCAGCUCCACCGCCCGGCCAGAGAAGGAGCGUUUGACAUCCAGGAGCUGCAAGCGCUCGAUGCGCACGCUUUGCUCGCCGCACUGCCGCAAUCUGCGCGGCGGGUGCUCGAGGCCGCUCAACUGGUGCAGGCGGAGGCGCGCGUGGGAGAGGGUUUGCCCGAGCUGCCUCGCUCCGGUCAUGAUGUCGAGUGGCUGCAACUCGACUCAGUGCUCCAAGGCGGCGUCGACGUUGCAGCCUUCCUGCAGCGCGCAGAGGCCAAACUCGCCGCCCGCGCCGUCCCCGGCAGCGGAGCGGGCCCCAGUGCAAGCGCGGGCCCCAGCGCGCACGCAGGCCCAUCCGCUCCGCCCGACGAUGACGAUGUGCGCGCGCAGAUCGCUGCUGCCGGCGCGACAUUGACACACUACCAGCCAGACGAGCGCGAGCGGCGACGGCUUCGCCGGGCACAACACGAGGAUGGAGGCGACUCCGGCGAGGACUCGGGUGGCGAGGACGAAUGGGAGGACGACGAGGAGCACCGGCGCGCCUUCGCCCAGCUUCGUCAGCAGCGUGGGCUGGACGACAUGAUCGCGCGGCUGCCAGCAGUGCGUUUCCCGUUCGACCGGCUGGUGCGCGCUUUUGCGCUUGUCGGCCUCAGCAGCGACCACAGAGCAGCUGACGCGGCGCGCGAGCUCCAAGUGCAUCGCGAUGCGGAGCGUGCAGAAGAACGAGAGCGUGAGCUAACGCGCUGCGCGGCUGGAUUUCUGGCGGUGCAUCUCAACCUUAACGACCUCGCUCUCCUUCCCGGGCUUCGAGAGGCCUACACGCGAUGGAGGGCACUCAACGCUUCCUUGUCCGCCGCCGCCACCGACGCCGCAUUGGCCGAGCAGGCCGAGCAGGCCGCGGCGAGCGCGAUCGUCGACGCGAAACGGCUGCAGCUGUGGCUGCUAGCGGACGAUUGGCUCUGCAUGGCGAGCCGCCUUCGCGGGCCAGGCGACACCGCGCCGGGGUUGGUGAACCUGCGGCGGGAGAAUGUACAGCGCCACACCGACGAGCUGCGCAAGCUGCUCGACGCGCGCGCGACGGCUAGGCGACACCGCGCCGACGGCCCUUCGGAUGGUCACCUCGCCGACCGCACGAGUGCGUUGCACGCCGAGAUUGCAGUUCUUGAGCAGCAGCUUCGCGACAUCUACGGGCUUGGCGCGGCGUUCAACAAUCGCGUGGUCUAA